AUGAACAGGGAGCAGUUUUCUCCAUCCGAAGAACGCUGGUCAGACUAUUCAAGAGCUGAAUUUUUAGCUAGACCAUAUAACAGUCAAUCUGAAGAACCAGAUUCAAGAUAUCUUUCAUAUGAACAACAUGAUGAAAGUGAUAUACGACGGCAAUCUUAUACACAACUGCCAGCUGUAACAACUGUUGUCAGAGGAGAUAGACAAUCAAUUGUUCUCAAUCAUAGUCCUUUAUCAAAUACAGGUCUUCAAACACGUGCAAGUGUCACUUCCACUGCUGCUGCUGCUGGUACUGUUACCGGUCUAACUGGUAUAGCUGGUAUCGCUGCUGCAGCUGCAAGUCAACAAGGCAAACCGCUUAAUUUAGCUGCACUUACAUUGGCUGCUCAAUCGGUUGCAGCGAAAAAACGUGCUGGAGCCAGGGCGCAAGCUGCUAAUACAAGACCAGAGCGUACAUUAUUCUGUUUGACACUGAGAAAUCCUUUAAGAAAACUUUGUAUAAAAAUUGGCGAAUGGAAACCAUUUGAAUAUCUUAUUCUGCUUACAAUUAUGGCCAAUUGUUGUGCACUUGGCGCAAUAACUCCAUAUCCUGAUGGUGAUUCAAAUACUCUUAAUCAUAUUUUGGAAAAAAUUGAAAAUGUUUUUAUUGUCAUAUUUACUGUGGAAUGUGUAUUGAAGAUUGUUGCAUUCGGUUUUGUUAUGCACUCAGGAGCAUAUUUACGUAAUGCAUGGAAUAUACUCGAUUUUACUAUCGUUAUCUUAGGCCUUUUACAACCGCUCAUCCAACAAAUGGUUGAACAGUCUGGUGUAGAUGUUAAAGCCCUUCGUGCUUUCAGAGUAUUGAGACCGCUUCGUCUAGUUUCUGGUUUACCAAGCUUACAAGUCGUAUUGAAUUCUAUUAUGCGUGCUAUGGUCCCUUUGUUACACAUUGCACUUCUAGUUAUCUUUGUAAUUAUUAUCUAUGCAAUAGUUGGUUUAGAAUUAUUUUCUGGUAAAUUACACGCAGCAUGUUAUGAUUAUUUAACAGGUGAAAUUGAAGAUAAUCCAUCACCGUGUAGUUUAUCUUCACGUGGUGCUCAAUGUACAGGUUCAUAUGUCUGUUAUGAUUUUAAAUUAGAUAUGAGUUAUGCAGCUGUUGCUGAACGUAAACAACUCGCCGAGGCGAUACAAGCUGGUAAUAUCACUCCACCGUUAGCACAACCAGAAAGAUGGGUUGGACCAAAUUAUGGGAUAACUAAUUUUGAUAAUUUUGGCCUAUCUAUGCUGACUGUAUUUCAAUGCAUUACUAUGGAAGGAUGGACACAAGUUCUAUAUUGGGUAAAUGAUUCACAAGGCAUGUUAUAUCCAUGGAUUUAUUUUAUCAGUAUGAUAAUUAUUGGAUCAUUCUUUGUUAUGAAUCUUGUACUCGGUGUACUGAGUGGUGAGUUUUCAAAAGAAAGAGAAAAGGCAAAGAAACGUGGGAAAUAUCAAAAAGCCAGGGAACAAAUGCAAUUCGAAGAAGAUGUUCAAGGCUAUCUGGAUUGGAUCAGUGCAGCUGAAGAUAUCAGUGAUGAUGAAGAUACAACAAAUAAAGAGGAUGAAAAAGAGAAAAAAUUUCGUUGGUGUGCUGCUUGUCGUUCAACAUCAUCAUCAUCGUCAACACCUGAUGACUAUGAAGAGGAAGAAGAAGAUCCAUCAGAACAUGGUAUGGAUGAUGGGGGUGGUGGUGGUGGACAUCGUGGUCAAUCGUCAUCACAACAACAGCAACAAUAUUUUUUCUGUAUUCCAUUGAAAGGGAGACGAUCUCGACGAUGGAAUCGACGUUGUCGACGUUCUUGUCGACGACUGGUUAAAUCGCAAACAUUCUAUUGGAUAGUUAUUGUUCUUGUCUUUCUUAAUACCGGUGUUCUUACAUCAGAACAUUAUGGACAACCUUUAUGGCUUGAUGAUUUCCAAGAUAUGGCCAAUAUUGUUUUUGUUGUCCUCUUCUCAAUUGAAAUGCUAAUUAAAAUGUACAGUUUAGGCAUAAGAUGCUAUUUUGACUUUAUGUUCAAUCGAUUCGAUUUUUUUGUGGUUAUCUGCAGUAUCAUUGAAGUUGUAUUAAUUCAAACUAAAGUUAUGCCACCGUUAGGUGUAUCUGUUCUACGCUGUGCACGUCUACUGCGGGUAUUUAAAGUUACAAGAUAUUGGAGUAGUCUACGUAAUUUAGUCGGUUCUCUGCUGGCUAGUUUAAAGUCAAUUGUUAGCUUGUUAGUUCUACUCUUUUUAUUCAUUGUAAUAUUUGCUCUACUCGGUAUGCAAUUGUUCGGUGGUCGAUUCAAUUUUCCACGUGAAGAAAAGCCAAGAUCUAAUUUUGACAGUUUUUAUCAAUCGUUGAUAACCGUGUUUCAAAUAUUAACUAGCGAAGAUUGGAAUGAAGCAAUGUAUAAUGGAAUUCGUUCCUAUUCAAACAGUCGUGUUGGUAUAAUGGUCUGCUUGUAUUAUGUGAUACUGUUUAUUUGUGGAAACUACAUUCUACUUAAUGUAUUCUUGGCUAUUGCUGUUGAUAAUUUGGCUGAUACUGGCCAAAUGGAAGAGAAAAAAGAUGAAGCAACUGAUGAAAAUGAUACAGAACAAGCUGGAACUGGUGGUUCUACAACAGGAGGUGGUGUUGGCGGCGGUGGUGGUACAGAAGACGCGGGAAAAAUUGGUAGCGUCGGCAGUGGAAGUUUAGACAUUAAUAAUAAAGAGAAUAAAUCUUACGGGAUGUUAAACAAUCGAAAAUUAUCCAAUAAUAAUAAUACAAGUAGUAAUCCAGAUGGCCAGUUGUCAGAAGUGCAUCAUGAAUUUAAUGAUGUCACACAAUUAUUGGAUCAAUUGAACCUGGAUCCAAUCAAUGAAGACACUGAAAUUGACCGAUCCAUGUUCGACAGAGAUGAGAAACGUAAAGCCAAUGAAACUGAAAACAACCAACCUGGAGAUGAAACUAAUGGUAACAAUGAACAUAUAGAUGAAAGUGUUGAUGAUAAAGAUGCAAAGGAUGCCUCCAACUCUCGACGUCAUUCAGAGAUGAGUUCAACAAAGAAAAUAAAACCAAUACCGAAUGCAUCUUCAUUUUUCAUCUUUAGUCCAACUAAUCCAUUUCGUGUCGCCUGCCAUGAAGUUUGCAAUCAUAAUUAUUUCAAUAAUAUCGUCCUUGUAUGCAUAUUGGUCAGUAGUGCUAUGCUUGCCGCCGAAGACCCGUUAGACGCUUCAUCUGCACGUAAUCAGAUUUUGAACUACUUCGAUUACUUUUUCACGUCAGUUUUCACGGUAGAAAUCACCUUGAAGAUAAUCACCUAUGGUUUGGUAUUACAUAAGGGUGCAUUUUGUCGAAGUGCAAAUAAUAUGCUAGACUUUAUGGUAGUCCUUACCUCGAUUAUCUCUUAUCCAAUUGAUAUUGAUACAAUAUCUGUGGUGAAAAUUCUGCGUGUUUCACGUGUCUUACGUCCAUUGAGAGCAAUUAAUCGUGCAAAAGGCUUGAAAGUAAGUUGUUAUACUUUAAUUUAA